UAGCUUAAGAGGCAGAAAACCAAAAACCCAUUCUUAACAAAAAAGAUGGGGAAAAUGGGAUCUUCAUCAGUGACUUCUCUUGUGGUCACUCUCCUAGUGGCUAUAGUGUCUCUCAGUUUGCCAUCAGAAACCUCAGCAAACUAUCCUUACUCAUCUCCUCCACCACCAGUUUCUCCUCCCUACCAUUACAAGUCACCACCUCCUCCUUCUCCUACUCCUCCAGUGCACUACUCACCACCUAAGCAUCCCUACCAUUACAAGUCACCUCCUCCUCCAGUGCACUACUCACCACCUAAGCAUCCCUACCAUUACAAGUCUCCUCCUCCACCAGUGUACUCACCACCUAAGCAUCCCUACCACUACAAAUCCCCACCACCUCCUCCUCCUCCAGUACUCUCACCUCCUCCACCAAAGGCGCCUUACUAUUACAAAUCCCCACCACCACCACCCAAGAAGCCUUACCACUACUCAUCUCCUCCUCCUCCUCCUCCACACAAGAAGCCGCACCACCCAGUGCAUUCACCACCACCAAAAAAGAAACCUUACCACUACAAGUCUCCCCCACCACCCACACCCUCACCACCUAAGCAUCCUUACCACUACAAAUCUCCACCACCACCACCAAAGAAACCUUACCACUACUCAUCUCCUCCUCCUCCUCCUCCAAUCAAGAAGCCGUACCACCCAGUGCAUUCACCACCACCACCAAAGAAACCUUACCACUACAAGUCUCCCCCACCACCCACACCCUCACCACCUAAGCAUCCUUACCACUACAAAUCUCCACCACCACCCUCACCUUCACCACCUAAGCACCCCUACCACUACAAGUCUCCACCACCACCAUCACCAUCACCACCUAAGCACCCAUACCACUACAAGUCUCCACCACCACCAUCACCUUCACCACCUAAGCACCCAUACCACUACAAGUCUCCCCCACCACCAUCACCACCCAAGAAGCCUUACCAUUACAAGUCUCCACCACCACCACCUUCUCCUACUCCUCCAGUCUACUCACCACCCAAGCAUCCUUACCACUACAAGUCUCCACCACCACCAUCACCACCCAAGAAGCCUUACCACUACAAGUCUCCCCCACCACCCACACCAGUCUACAAGCCACCAGUUUACUCACCACCCCCACCACCUAAGAAACCAUACAAGCCACCAACUCCUCCAGUUCACACCGCACCACCACACCCUUACAUCUACUCAUCACCCCCACCUCCUCACCACUACUAGAUAAUGAGAGCUAGACUGCAUCCAGCUGGUAAGAUGAAGACCAGGUCCAAAUAAAGAAGGGGCUGUCGAAGCCGAAGCGCCUUAUCCUACCAAAAAGAAGAAGAUCGAGUCUCCGCAGUUGAUGUAACGUUUUUAUUUAUGCAGAUGUAUUUUUAUUAGACAGUUGUAGUGCACUUGUUUUAUUUUAUAUAUUUCUCAAAAGAGAUGCCAUAUGUAUUGUCGUUUAUUUCAACCUUCUUCCUAAUGGAGAGGAGAUCAUCAUAAUAAUAAAAUAAAUACGUUUCCCAAAUUUUCCUUA